UGAGUUUUUGUAACAAGUCCGGUGACGGCUGGGGCUUCGGGAUCGAGCACUUUGCCAGAAUCUACAGUCAGAAAAUUGGCAUCAGGAAAGAAGUCCUUAUGAAAACCCUGUGGGGAGAUUAUUAUAUAAAUAUGAAGGCCAAGAAGAUUAUGAAGGUUGAUCAGGCGAAAGGAAAGAAACCUUUAUUUGUACAGUUGAUCCUGGAGAAUAUAUGGAGUUUGUAUGAUGCGGUCUUGAAAAGGGACAAAGAAAAAAUUGAUAGGAUCGUGACUUCUUUAGGAUUGAAGAUUGGAGCCCGGGAGGCACGACAUUCUGAUCCUAAAGUUCAGAUCAAUGCCAUUUGCAGCCAGUGGCUGCCCAUUUCCCAUGCUGUGCUUGCGAUGGUGUGUCAGAAACUUCCUAGCCCCCUGGACAUUACGGCCGAGCGGGUGGAGAAGCUGAUGUGCACGGGAUCACAGACGUUUGACUCUCUUCCCCCAGAAACCCAGGCCCUGAAAGCAGCUUUCCUGAAAUGUGGGAGUGAAGACACUGCUCCCGUUAUCAUCUUUGUUUCCAAAAUGUUUGCCGUUGAUGCCAAGGCUUUGCCGCAGAACAAGCCCAGACCUCUCACGCAAGAAGAAAUUGCGCAGCGGCGUGAGCGUGCAAGACAGAGGCAUGCAGAGAAGCUCGCAGCGACGCAGGGGCCGGCGUCCGUGGAGCCCCCGGAAGACGGCGGUGCCCCGGAAACAAGUCCAAAGGGAGAAGAGACAAAAGGUGAUGAGCACCAGGUGGAGGGAAAGACCCUUAAACCUCAGCCCGAAGAAGGAAGCAACCACGAGUCUUUCGUUGCUUUUGCUCGAGUGUUCAGUGGUGUGGCUCGAAGAGGAAAGAAAAUGUUUGUCUUGGGACCCAAAUACAGCCCCGUUGAAUUUUUGCGGCGGGUGCCGUCAGGCUUCUCCACCCCACUGGACGACCUCCCCCCGGUCCCCCACAUGGCGUGCUGCACUCUGGAAAACCUGUAUCUCCUGAUGGGGAGGGAGCUGGAAGGCCUAGUGGAGGUGCCUCCAGGAAACGUGCUAGGCAUAGGGGGCCUUCAGGACUUCGUGCUGAAGUCGGCGACACUGUGUAGCUCGCCGUCCUGCCCACCAUUCGUUCCGCUCAACUUCGAAGCCACGCCUAUCGUGAGGGUCGCCGUGGAGCCCAAGCACCCAAGUGAGAUGCCUCAGCUCGUCCGGGGAAUGAAGCUGCUAAACCAGGCCGAUCCCUGUGUCCAGAUCUUAAUUCAGGAAACGGGGGAGCACGUUUUGGUCACAGCGGGAGAAGUCCACCUUCAGCGGUGCCUGGAUGACUUGAGAGAAAGGUUUGCGAAGAUUCAGAUCAGCGUGUCUGAACCGAUUAUUCCAUUCAGGGAAACAAUUACAAAACCGCCAAAAGUCGACAUGGUCAAUGAAGAAAUAGGCAAACAACAAAAAGUUGCAGUUAUCCACCAAACGAAAGAAGAUCAGAGCAAAAUCCCGGAAGGAAUCCAAGUUGACUCUGAUGGGCUCAUCACCCUAACGACCCCCAACAAGCUCGCCAUGCUCAGUGUUCGAGCCAUGCCCCUUCCAGAAGAAGUCACACGGAUCCUGGAAGAAAAUAGCGAUCUGAUUCGUUCUAUGGAGCAGUUGACAUCCUCUUUGAAUGAGGGCAGAAAUACUCAGACGAUCCACCAGAAGACCCAAGAGAAAAUUUGUGAAUUCAAAGGAAAACUAGAGCAGCACCUAACAGGGAGAAAAUGGAGGAACGUCGUUGACCAAAUCUGGUCAUUUGGGCCAAGAAAAUGCGGGCCCAACAUACUCGUAAAUAGAAGCGAAGACUUCCAGAACUCAGUAUGGACAGGCUCGGGCGUCAAAGCCUCCAAAGAGGCCAGUAGAUACCGAGAUUUGGGCAACAGCAUCGUGAGUGGUUUCCAGCUAGCAACCCUCUCUGGCCCCAUGUGUGAGGAGCCUCUCAUGGGCGUCUGUUUCAUUCUGGAAAAAUGGGACCUAAGUAAAUGUGAAGAACAAGGGGCAAGUGACAAACAUAAUCAAGAGCGAAGGGACGUGGUACAGGAGGCACAGGCGGAAGGUGAAGCCUGUCCCGGCAGAGGCGAAAAGGGGGGGCCGCAAGAUGGCGGCUCUGAGCCCUCGGAGCAGAAGACAUCCCAGAGAGGAGAGUCUUCGCUCACUGACUGCUACGGACCCUUCUCCGGACAGCUCAUUGCCACCAUGAAAGAAGCUUGUCGCUAUGCCCUGCAGGUGAAGCCUCAGCGUCUGAUGGCAGCCAUGUACACGUGUGACAUCAUGGCCACCGGUGACGUUCUUGGUCGGGUCUACGCGGUCUUGUCCAAGAGAGAAGGUCGAGUGCUUCAAGAAGAAAUGAAAGAAGGGACGGACAUGUUCAUCAUCAAGGCGGUGCUGCCCGUCGCCGAGAGCUUCGGCUUUGCUGACGAGAUCAGGAAGAGGACGAGCGGCCUGGCCAGCCCGCAGCUGGUGUUCAGCCACUGGGAGGUCAUCCCCAGCGACCCCUUCUGGGUACCAACCACCGAGGAGGAGUACUUACACUUCGGGGAGAAGGCGGAUUCUGAGAACCAGGCCCGGAAGUACAUGGACGCCGUGCGUAAGCGGAAGGGUCUUUACGUGGAGGAGAAGGUGGUGGCGCACGCGGAGAAGCAGAGAACCCUCAGCAAAAAUAAGUAACCCCGCCCCCAGCAGGGCCUCCUCUUUCGAACGGAGGCGUCACCCCAGGCCAGAUGCUGGGAAAUCCUCUCUGAGCUCACUGUCAAUAAAGUUGAUGCUUAUUAGUAUUUUAAAGA